AUAUUAUACAGAAAGAAAGAGAAGAGAGGCCUCUCUAGUCUCUAGUCUCUAUCAGUACUAUUAGUCCCAAACCCCAAAAACCCCUAUAAAGCCUCAUUUUUCACUAAAACCCUAGAAACCCUCAUUUUCUCUCACACUCACAUUAACACAAACACACACACACACAGUCACACACACACAGCAACCACCGAACCAAACCCCAAAAACCAUGUCCGAGGUAGAGCUUUCACGGUCGGAGAAGAAAAAGAAGAAGCACAAGUCCAAAGACGAAACCCCAAUAAUCUUACCAGAACCACUAGCUCCACUCGACGAUGUUCCCGACAACAACAAGGACUUCGUGAUCAAACCCCAGAGCUUCACUCCUUCCAUCGACACCUCACAGUGGCCGAUCCUCCUCAAAAACUACGACCGCCUCAACGUGCGAACCGGACACUACACUCCUCUUCCCUCCGGUUACUCUCCUCUCAAGCGCCCUCUCGAUCAGUAUAUCAAGUAUGGUGUUCUCAACCUUGAUAAACCCGCUAACCCUUCUUCUCACGAAGUUGUUGCUUGGAUUAAACGUAUUCUCAAGGUUGAGAAAACCGGUCACAGUGGUACUUUGGAUCCCAAAGUCACUGGAAAUCUUAUUGUUUGUAUUGAUAGAGCUACUAGGCUUGUUAAAUCCCAACAGGGUGCUGGGAAGGAGUAUGUUUGUGUUGCUAGAUUGCAUUCUGCUGUGCCUGAUGUGUCUAAGGUGGCCCGGGCGCUUGAGACGCUUACUGGGGCCGUGUUUCAGCGGCCCCCUUUGAUUUCCGCUGUGAAAAGGCAGCUUAGGAUUAGGACUAUUUAUGAAAGUAAGCUUCUUGAGUAUGACUCAGAUAAGCAUUUGGUUGUUUUUUGGAUUUCUUGUGAGGCUGGGACUUAUGUGAGGACUAUGUGUGUGCAUUUGGGUUUGAUUCUUGGGGUUGGGGGGCAUAUGCAGGAGUUGAGGAGAGUGAGGUCUGGGAUUUCGGGGGAGAAGGAUAAUAUGGUAACGAUGCACGAUGUGAUGGAUGCACAAUGGGUUUAUGAGAAUUACAGGGAUGAGACUUAUCUGAGGAGGGUUAUUAUGCCACUUGAAGUGCUUUUGACGAGUUAUAAGAGGUUGGUUGUGAAGGAUUCGGCUGUCAAUGCUAUUUGUUAUGGUGCCAAGUUGAUGAUUCCUGGAUUGUUGAGGUUUGAGAAUGAUAUUGAGGUUGGGGAGGAAGUGGUGCUUAUGACUACUAAAGGAGAAGCAAUUGCAUUGGGGAUUGCGGAAAUGACUACUGCUGUGAUGGCUACUUGUGAUCAUGGUGUGGUGGCAAAGAUUAAGAGGGUGGUGAUGGAUCGGGAUAUCUACCCAAGGAAAUGGGGGUUGGGGCCGAGGGCGUCGAUGAAGAAGAAGUUGAUUGCAGAGGGGAAGUUGGAUAAGCAUGGGAAGCCGAUUGAUAAUACACCUCAGGAGUGGGCAAGGAAUCUAGUUUUACCAGCUGGUGGUGAUUCUGUGGUUGCAGGGCUUGCUGCCACUACUGAACCUGCUUUAGUGGAGAAAGUAAAGAAAGAGAAGAUUACAAGUAAGGAUGAUGAAAAUGGGGAAGGGCGAAAGCGGAAGUUGGAUGAAAGCACUGAUGGCCCUGCUCCUGUAUCUUCCAAGAAAGCUAAAGUUGCCGAGGUCCAAGAAGUUGAGAAGGAAGAGAGCGUGAAGGUUAAGAAGAUCAAGGAAGAGGAUGUGGAUGUUGAAGUUGGAAAGAAAGAGAAGAAGAAAAAGAAAAAGGACAAAGAGGACGGUAAUGCGGAGCCUUUAGGUGAUGAGAAGGCUGUGAAGAAGAAGAAGAAAAAGGAGCAUAAAGAUAAGGCUGAAGCUGGUUCUCCUGAAGCAGAGAAGUCUGAGAAGAAGAAAAAGAAGAAAAAGAGCAAAGAGGCUGAGGAUGGUGAUGCAGCUUUGCCCACUGGCAUUGCUAAUGGUGAUGGUGAGGCUGAUUUGAGUGAGAAGAAGAAAAAGAAGAAGAAGAAGAAUAAAGAUGCAGAUGAAGAAUAGGUGGAAGAAAUGAAUGUAUGACCAUCUGUCUCCCAUCUUAUCUGUAAUGAGUAUUUUUAUUAUAGUUUUUGUAACUCUUUUAUGCAUUUCCAAGACCUAAUUUCCACAGUUUAGCUUUGAGGCUGUUUUCUCUAUCUAAUUUUGGUUUUGUUAA